AUGUCUCACUAUACUCACAUCAUCAACGGCAAGCCUGCCUCUUCCUCAUCAACCCUUGACGUCCAAAACCCUGCCACUCAGAGGAAGAUUGCUGAGGUUCCGGUCGCAACUAAGGACCAGCUUGAUGAGGCUGUUGCUGCCGCUCGUGCCGCCCUUCCAGCAUGGUCAGCUAAGUCUCAGGACGAACGCGCACAGGUGCUCGAGCAGAUUGCAGGCAUUAUUCAGAAGAACAUAUCCGAAUACAAGUACAUCCUUGUUUCGGAACAAGGGAAAACUCUGAAUGAUGCGGAAAUGGAGAUCGGUGCAGCGGUUGUUAUGCUGCUUGAGACCGCUAAGCUUCGAGUACCUGAAAAGGUGAUCAUUGACAAUGAACAAGUAAGGAUUACCGAGCGUCGGGUACCGAUUGGAGUGUGUGCAGGUAUCGCCCCAUGGAACUUCCCGGUGGUGCUCUCGGUGACAAAAAUUGGACCCGCUCUCUUAGCGGGCAAUACCUUCGUCCUCAAACCCUCUCCUUUUACUCCUCUCACCACUCUCCGGCUCAUGAAGGAUAUCCAAAAAGUUGUCCCGCCCGGCGUCAUUAACGUGUUAAGCGGCGACGACAACCUUGGACCUUGGAUAACCGCCCAUCCCGGUAUCGACAAGGUCAGCUUCACUGGGUCGAGCGAUACCGGUAAGAGAGUCAUGGCGAGUGCCAGUAUCGGUCUGAAGCGACUGACGCUUGAGCUUGGUGGUAAUGAUCCAGCCAUUAUUCUCCCUGAUGUCGACGUUGCGAAGAUUGUGCCUGAGAUGUUUUGGGCCGCACUUAUUAACAAUGGGCAGACUUGCGUUGCUGCAAAGCGCCUGUACGUGCACGAAGAAAUCUAUGACCAGUUCAGGGAUGAGCUCGCUAAGUUCGCCAAGACUGUCAAGACCGGCGAUGGCACCGAUCCUGAAUCGCAGCUUGGCCCCGUCCAGAACCUCAUGCAGUACAAGAAAGUGCUCUCGUUCUUCGAAGAUGCCAAAGCGAACGGAUACAAGUUCGUGACUGGCGGAGAUGUGAACCCGAACCCGACCGAUGGGUUAUUCAUACCUGCCUCGUUUGUCGAUAACCCUCCCGAGGACUCGAAGAUUGUGCGCGAGGAGCCAUUCGGACCCAUCGUACCCCUAUUGAAAUGGAGUGACGAAGCUGAUGUCAUCAAGCGUGCUAACGACACCAAUAUGGGGCUGGCUGCUUCUGUCUGGGGCAAGGACUUGGCGGCCGUCCAGAGGAUCGCCAAGCAGAUUGAGGCUGGGGUUGUAUGCAUGAACGAGCGCAACCCAGUUACUCCAUUCUCGUCCUUCGGGGGUCACAAGGAGUCCGGAAUUGGCGUCGAGAACGGUCUUAGUGGGUUGUUGAGUUAUUCGAAUAUCCAGACUUUGACUCUCAAGAAGCAGCCCGCUUUUGUAUAA